AUGCUCAUCGAACAGGUUUUACCAAAGACGGCUAUCGGGUAUCUCGCCCUCGUUCUAUCGCUUCUCGCUGCCAAGUUACUAGUGAACCGGUUCGGCGGAGGGCUCAAUGGCAUACCAGGCCCGUUCGCCGCGAGCUUCACCGACUGGUGGCGCCUGUUCAUCGUGUGGGGACGUCGACCAGAGCUCUCGCACAUCAAACUGCACGAAAAGUACGGCCCACUGGUCCGGCUUGGACCGCGCACCGUCUCGGUAGGCAACGCGGAGGCGAUCAAGACAAUCUACGCUCUGAAUGCAGGGUUUGUCAAGUCGGGCUUCUACCCUGUGCAGCAGACGAUCGCCAACGGUCACUGCCUCCAGAGCAUGUUCAACACGACAGACGAGAAGUUCCAUGCCAGGCUGCGACGGUCUGUAUCCAGCGCUUACUCGAUGAGCACGCUGGUCAACUUUGAGCCGCUUGUGGAUUCGACCUCUGAGGAAUUCCUGAAGCAGCUCAAGCAGCGGUACACCCGGAACGAAAAGGCCAACGGCGAACUUGAUUUCGGCCAAUGGCUGCAGUUUUAUGCUUUCGACGUCAUUGGCGAGUUGACGUAUUCCAAGAGACUGGGUUUUGUGGACCGUGGUGAGGAUGUUGAUGAUAUCAUCCAAAACCUCGAGGGUCUGCUUAACUAUGUGGCGGUUAUAGGACAAUUGCCGAUCCUGGAUAAGCUGCUGCUCAAGAACCCCUUCAGAAUGUGGUUGAGCAAACACAACCUCCUUAACUUCAACUCGCCCGUGGUUGAGUUCGCAAAAAGGCGAAUGGCAGAGCGGAGCGACAUUGAGAAAGAAGCUCAGGAAGAGCUACCCACCGGAAAGACGGCGCGGAAAGACUUUCUGUCACGCUUCAAGGAUGCCCGCAAGAAGGAUCCGGAGUUCAUCAGCGAGGAGCGCGUGCUGGCCUUGACGGUCGCCAACAUGUUUGCCGGCUCUGAUACAACCGCCAUCAGCCUUCGGGCCGUGUUCUACUUGCUCCUGAAGCACCCGGAGAAGAUGGAGAAGCUCCUUCAUGAACUAUCCACAGAGAGCCAGGCUGGCAGAUUUGCACGCCCGGAUGCACUGGUCCAGUGGGAGGAGGUGCGCUCCCUGCCGUACUUGAGCGCCGUCAUCAACGAGGCUCUCCGAUGCCAUCCCGCCGCCGGCCUCACGCUUGAGCGAGUGGUGCCAAGUCAAGGGAUCAAUGUUGCCGGCCAGCGUAUUCCUGGAGGGACAAUCGUCGGCUGUUCGGCCUGGGUCGUGCACCGUGAUGAGUCGGUGUUUGGCUCAAGAACCGACGAGUUCCGCCCGGAGCGGUGGAUUGAUGCCAAUCCGGCUGAGCUCUCCUUGAUGAAGAGCUGUCUAUUCUCAUUCGGCGCUGGCUCAAGAACUUGCAUUGGGAAGAACAUCUCGCUUCUUGAGAUCUUCAAACUUGUACCAGCGAUUCUGAGGACUUUCGAGCUUGAAUUGGUCGAUCCAGAUUCGCCCUGGGUGCUGCACAACGCCUGGUUCGUCAAGCAGAGCAAUUUAUUUGUCAGACUCAAGGAGAGGGAAAGUAUUUUGUAG